AAAACUGCCAAAGGGAACAUGAAGAUCUAGUGGAUUAUGACUGAGUGAAGCUUCUGUGUUUCUCAUUGUCUCCCCUUAUUACUGUACUUGCAGUGUUUCAUUGGCAGGCCACCAUAAUGGGUCCAGGUGACAGUCCGUACCAAGGAGGAGUUUUUUUUCUCACAAUCCACUUUCCUACUGAUUACCCGUUCAAGCCACCGAAAGUAGCGUUUACAACAAAGAUUUAUCACCCAAAUAUAAACAGCAACGGCAGUAUCUGUUUGGACAUUCUACGGUCGCAGUGGUCUCCAGCACUAACAGUGUCUAAAGUUUUAUUGUCUAUAUGUUCACUGCUUUGUGAUCCAAACCCAGAUGAUCCCUUGGUUCCAGACAUAGCACACAUCUACAAGAAUGACAAAGACAAAUACAAUAAACUAGCAAAGGAAUGGACCCAGAAAUAUGCCAUGUGAAGACUCAUCUAAAAGAAACUCGCUGAGAAGUUUUCCUUUCCCUUCCUUUUUUAAAGUCAGAACACACUGUAAAUGAUAGCAUGGAAUCAUUUAAUAAUGUUAGGUAAAGUCCAUAAACCUGCACUGUCAUCAACAUUAUUAUUAAUCUGAGACCAUAACAUUCACAAACAAUGCAGGGGAUUUUUACUCUAGAGCAGAUAAGAAAAUUUGCCUGACUCCAUGAAGUGUUAAUUUGUCCAUUAAACUUUGUCAUGUUCUUUCA